AUGAACUCGCCCACUCACUCCCAGUCCGGCCACGAACCCCUUCUCGCCUACGCCUCCCACCCAGACCAACACAACUCCCACCGCUACUCCGACUACUCAUACACAUCCAACGACUUUGGUGGCAUGUCCCACCGCAACUCGGGCGUCAUCUCUCCAUCCCCCUCCCUCCCGCGCGUCGACUCUGAAAUGUCUCAUACCUCUGCCUACUCUGCCAACCCUUAUAGCGGUGGUGGCUUUGGGCCUACAGCAAACGUUGCUGGCGGCGUAUCGACAGCAAACGUACGUGGGCCCCUGCUAAGACAAGCAGGCGCGCCAGCGAACAAUCAGCCCAUGCCUUCGAACGAAGACGACGACCUCGACGAUGAUCUCCAUACCUUCACCCCCGGCGAGCUACGCGCAUCGAAAAUAUCAACCCCCUUCACCUUUACCUCCCUCCGUGGAUGGCUCAACGCCCUCACCCUCUUUGUCCUCGCCGGCGGCGGCAUCAUGCUCUUCGCAGGCUAUCCCAUCCUCACCUACUACUAUGGCGACGACUCUUCCAGCGGGUCGGCUACGGCGGGUUACAAUAUCGGAGGUGUCAACGCGUCGGGACAGUACCCCGAGAUCCCCGGACUGCCUAGUAUGAUUGACGAGGAUACGCCCGAGUGGGCGCAUUCAAGGACGGGAGCUGAUGGUGGUGAAUGGACUCUGGUAUUCUCGGACGAAUUUGAAAAAGAGGGCCGAACGUUCUUUGAAGGCGACGACCCUUUCUUUACCGCUAUGGACAUCCACUACUGGGGUACUGGUGAUCUCGAGUGGCUCGACCCUUCCGCCGUCACCACCAGAGACGGCCACCUCGUCAUGACCAUGACCCAAGAACCCAUCCACGAUCUCAACUUCAAGUCCGGCAUGGUCCAAUCCUGGAACAAGCUCUGUUUCAACAAGAACGCAUUUAUCGAAGUCUCUGCUAGUUUCCCCGGAAACACCAGUCUGGGUGGAUUCUGGCCUGGUAUCUGGACGAUGGGCAACCUCGGUCGACCGGGUUAUGGUGCUACCACCGAUGGAACUUGGCCAUACUCUUACGAUACCUGCGACAUCGGAACCCUUCCCAACCAAACUUGGGUCAACGGUACCGGCCCCGCCGCCACCCUCAACACCGGCUCCAACAGUGGUCCCCUCUCCUUCCUCCCCGGCCAACGAAUCUCUGCCUGUACUUGCGAGGGCGAAGAUCACCCGGGGCCGAGUAGCAACGUGGGCAGGUCUGCGCCAGAGAUCGAUAUCAUCGAAGCGCAGAUCAUCUUGGAUGAAGCUCGAGGAGAAGUCAGUCAGAGUUUGCAGAUUGCACCUUUCGAUGACCAUUACCAAUGGAACAACGCCUCUGACAACUUCAGGAUGUACGACACCGAUCUCUCGUACUGGAACACCUACCUCGGUGGUACCACCCAACAAGCCCUCUCCUCCCUCACCCGUGUCCCCCGAGACAUCUACUACAACCAAGAAGGCGAGUCCGGCAAGUUCGGAGUGUUCGGUGUCGAAUACCAAGCGUUCCCCGAUCACAGGGAAGACGGGUACAUCACUUGGUACAGUGAUAACAAGACGAGCUGGACGCUCUACGGAGGUACGCUGGCGCCGAACAACAAGACGGAAAUUGGGCAGAGGAUGGUCCCGGAGGAACCUUUGGCUUUGAUUUUCAACUUGCACAUGUCAUACAACUUCCAAGCUGUCGACCUCGACCACCUCGUCUGGCCCAACUAUCACCGUAUCGACUAUAUUCGAGUGUACCAAAAGCCCGACCGUAUCAGUGUCACCUGUAACCCCGAUGAUUACCCCACGGCAGAGUAUAUCGAGAACCACUUGAACGCCUAUUCCAACCCGAAUCUGACGACUUGGGAGGAUGCGGGGUAUACGUACCCGAAGAAUCGUCUGAUAGACGAUUGUUAG